AUGGGAGAAGCUGUGCAAAUAGUGGUGUUUGUGAUGGCUUUCGUCACCUGCAACGCCCUCCUGGAUCUGACUGGUGUCCACCAGGUCCAGGGCACAUGGAUGGGAUCUGUCACUUUACCAUGUAUCUACAUGCCCUCAGAUGGUUUCACACAACAAACGCUCAUCUGGAGCAUGGAGAGAGAUCAGAGCACCUCCACCAUCUUUCGGAGGGAUAAUUCCGGUGACCAUGUCCUGCUGUCUCGGUUCCGAAAUCGAGUCAGUGUCCCAAAGCACAGUCCAGGGGAUGUCUCACUCCUAAUUGAGAACCUUGAAAUCCCCGACAGAGGACACUACACCUGUCAAGUCAUCUGGAGGGCUAAAAAUAACAGCAUGGUCACAAGGGAGAUGACCACUAUGGUUAAAGUUGCCAAAGUUGCAGCAACCAAGCCCAUCAUCAGGGCCGGCGAGCUGGGGCUGACAGUCCCAGCAGGAGCCAGGACCAGCCUGACCUGUGUGGCCACUGGGUCCCCCCCCAUCAGCUACCGCUGGUUCAGGGGCACCCCAGGAGGGGAAGCCCUGCUCCUGAGCAGCCAGGCUGAGCUGGCGUGGGACAGCCUGCAGCCCUCCGACACCGGGAAGUACUACUGCGAGGCGGAAAACAGGGUUGGGGCCGGGGCUGUGCAGCAGAGCGAUGCUGUUGAGCUGAUGGUGACAGGUCUGCCCGCAGCGACGCCGCUCUCCGGUAAGGAUUCGGAGGAUCCUCCCUUUGCCACAG